UCAUGUGGGAACUGCCAGCCCUGUAGGUUUUGGAGACAGCGAGGAGUUCCAUGAUGAUCAACAGUUGGAGUUGAUGUCCUCCAGGAGUUUUUAAGUUUCUCUUAGUUUGAUCUUGUUGGUUCCUGACAGGGAGAUAAAGAUGCUGGUGGUGUUUGGGAUCUUUCUUUACGUUUCCCAUCAUUCCCUGGCUGGGAUAGUAGAGGUGCAUGAAGGGGCGGAGUCUGUCCAGCUGCCCUACCGGUACUCAGAUGAUAUACCUGAAGUCAACCCCUCAGUUUUAUGGACUCGAAAUGAUCUCAACCCUAAAAUCAUCCACCGACAAAGAGAAGAAGGAGCUGAUCAUUCAGACCAGAACCAGCUUUACAGAAAACGGACCUGGAUGAAUCCUGACCUUCUAGAUACUGGAAACUUCAGCCUCACUCUGAGAAAACCUCACCUGUCUGAUAGUGGAAACUACACCUGCACCAUCUCUGAUGGAAGAGUAGAGCUAAAACUGACACAGGUUCAGCUGGAGGUCAAAGACAGCCUCACUGAGGUGAAGGUGAAGGAAAAGGCGGAGUCUGUUAUUCUGCCCUGUAGAACCAAAGCUGUCCUGAAUAAGGAGACGCAGGUGGAGUGGACUCGUUCUGAGCCAUAUUUUGGCUUCGUUCACGUGUUUCCAAAUACAAGUCACCACUACAAAAGACAGGAAGAUCUUUACUGCAGUCGCACACAGAUGAACGUAGAUCUGCUGCAGACUGGAGACCUGAGUCUGACCCUGAAGUAUCCCACAGAGAGAGACAGUGGAAGCUACAUCUGCACCAUCUACAGAGACCAGGACAUCCUAAGACAGAGAGUCGUUCUGCAUCACGUCACAGAAGAGACAUUUCCAACAUGGGCCUGGGUUCUUAUUAUUUUUGUGCCUCUUUUGUCGGUCGCUGCUGUAGGAGGAUUCUUUCUUUACCAAUUCUAUCUCAGAACAGUUCACCAGGUGGAGGUGAAUUCAGGAGCAGAGUCUGUCCUGCUGCCCUGCUAUCUGUUCUACCUGCAGAAGGAUGUUACAGUAAAGUGGACAAACGAAGAUGGAAUAACAGUUCAUGUGUAUCCAAAAGGUCCUGAGGGGCCUAACGAACAGCAUAAGACUUAUAAAGAAAGAACAGAGAUGAAUGAGAACCUGCUGAAAUUUGGAGACCACAGUCUGACCAUAAGAUACCCCUCAUACAGAGACAGAAACACCUACACCUGCUCCAUCAUCAACAGGAGAGGAGAGGAACUGAUGAAGAAGCAGGUGAUGCUGAAUGUCAAAGGUUGGUGCUGAUUUAUAUACCAGUAGAGAUAUUAAGUAAAAUUUACCUAAACAUUUUUAAAAUGACCAUAACUGCAAACCUCCAGCUGAUACAGUUCAACAUCCUUCAUAGAACGUUCUGCACAGGACAAUGGAUUAAUUAUACAUGUUCAAACUGCAUGGGAGGUCCACCAGAUGACAACAGGAUUUCUGGUACUGCCCACCUAUCUAUAGCUUAUGGUUAUUUGAAGACCUAUCAAACCCACAGACAGACAGAAACACUUAAUCUUUCGCAUACAGAC